CCCUCUCUCUUUCUCUCUCUCUCCCCCUCUCCCCCCACCCUCCUCAACCCCAACCAGCCCCGUCCCGCCCCGAUUGUGCAAUCGGCGGGGCCGGCGGCACCGCCCGGAGCCCGGCACCGGGGGGAGGGAGGCGGCAGCUCCCGCCCGCCCCGGCAGCCGCCGGGCACCGCGGGGCUGUAGCUGCCCGCUGCCCGGAUCCCAUGGGAUGUGCCCGCCGUCGCCUGGCCGGCCCUGGAAAGACUGCUCCCUGGACACCCUGUUGCAGUCUCACCACCUACACUGUAAGGAAUUUGUGUCUCCAAGCUGAGCCCUCUGAAGGCUCAGCCAUCAGCAGGGCUCUUUCCAGCCUCUCCAAGCCUGGCAGGGAAGCUGAACUGCUGCAGGGUUCGGGCAGAGCCUGCCAUGAUGCUAUGGUUGGUGGUUGGUGCCCUCUUCCCAGCACUGCUCCUGGCUGCACCCCCCCCCAUAAACAAGCUUGCCCUCUUCCCGGACAAGAGCGCCUGGUGCGAGGCCAAGAACAUCACCCAGAUCGUGGGGCACAGCGGCUGCGAGUCCAAGUCCAUCCAGAACAGGGCCUGCCUGGGGCAGUGUUUCAGCUACAGCGUCCCCAACACCUUCCCUCAGUCCACAGAGUCCCUGGUUCACUGUGACUCCUGCAUGCCAGCCCAGUCCAUGUGGGAAAUCGUGACGCUGGACUGCCCAGGCAACGAGGAGAUCCCCAGGGUGGACAAGCUGGUGGAGAAGAUCCUUCACUGCAGCUGCCAGGCCUGCGGGAAGGAGCCCAGCCACGAGGGAGCCCUCUUCAACGUCUACCUGAAGGCAGAGGAGAACAUGCCCGCCCGGGGGGGCAGCCCCCAGCACUACGCCCACCACCAGCAGGAGCUGGAGGAGCCUCCUGCCUCCAGCCACCACCACCACGAGGAGGAGAGCGAGGAGUGACCUGGCCCCCGUGGACUGUGCCCGUGGCUGUGUAGGAGGGAGAGGGUCUGGGCUUUGGGGAGGGAGGGAGGGAGGGAGGUGGUGGUGGAGUCUGUCCUGUCUGGUAGCUGCCCUCAGGCUUUGCUCCGCCGCAGCCCGGGGCUGGAGGAACCUCCCGAGGCAAGGAGCAGGGCGUGUGGGGCUGGGAGCUGCGGGGUGAGAGAGGGGAGCUGCAAACCGACUUGCACAGCACAGUUCUAAUAUAUACCCAGAGGAGCAGGACCUGCCCGAGGGGCUGGGAGCAGCAGCUGGGCUGGGCUGGGCUCCCCAGGGCUCAGCUGCAGGCUCCUCCGCCUGCCCUGCAGCCCCUGCUGCCUCCUUCUGGGUUUCUCUCUUGCCAACAGCCCCUGCCUUAGGGUGGAGGAGGAGGAGGAGGAAGGGCUGCAGCCUCUCCAGCCUUGCACAGCUCUCUGCUGGGCUGUGUGUAGGACUGGCAGCAGCAUCCCUUCUUCUCCCUGCCCGGGGACGUGUGGGCUCAGUGUGGACAGGCUGUUCCUCCUGGCACCAGCCCCAGCCCCCUGGAUCUGGUAGCAGCUCCUGGGGAGUGUUUUGCCCCUCCCCCCCCCCCCAGGCUGUGCCUCGGGGGCUGCAGUGCCUGAGGUUGCUGGAAGCUUGCUGGAGAGAGCCCUCACCUUGCUGGUCCUCAGAGCCACCACGUAGCCAGCUGGGGCUGAGGGAGCUGGGUCGUGGGGUGGGGGCUUCAACAGGGGAGGGCUAAGAGCAGGCUUGCCAUGGGCUGCUCAGGGUGGCUAAGAGCAGGCUUGCCAUGGGCUGCUCAGGGUGGGAGCCAGUCCCUCUCCCCCUCCCCCUGCUGCACUUUAAUGGUGGUGGAGGGAGAAGGGGGCUGAGGGCCGGGAUGUUGCUGUCCCCUGAUGCAGGGGGGUGUGGGGAGGCUUGGGGUUGGGGGGGGGACAGCCCUGGGCCCCCUCCUGCUGCCCCUUUUCUCUCUGCUGUAUAAAGCUGAUUGCUUUGGCACUGUCCUGACAAGAGCUUCCAGAGCUUGUACUCCAUGCCUCCCCCUCGCCCCCCUCCCUCCUUUUGACAAGGUUUGGUUGAGUUGGGUUUGGUUUGUUCUUAAAUAAAUUAGCUGUGGUUCCA